GAUUCCGAAGAAAUUGAAAAUUAUCAAUACUGAAAUUUCGAAAGAAGCUGAGGAAGUAGUAAACAAAGAUGAAUUAAAUAAUAUGAAACAAUCUAAUGAAGCUGAGUUACGAACUGAUGAAAUGAAAGAAAAUAUCGAACAACCACUGAACAAUAAAUUGAUUGAUACUGAUGGUUCAAAAGUUAAAGAAAUGAAUAAUAACAAAAGGAAACAAGAAGAAUUGAAUGGCUCAGCAGAUUUCAUCCAAGAACGAAAACAAGCAAAUAAUGAAUCAGAAAGGACAAACAGCUCAACAAAUUUUAAUAAAUCAAAUGCAAUAGAUAAUAACAAAAUUCCACCUUCGACAACUGUUCCUUUAAACACUAUCUUACAGAAUUCGCCUUAUAAUAAUACAAAUGCUGAGCCUUAUUAUUAUUCACCUGAAAAUUAUCAUUACUAUCAUUCAUCUCAAAAUGCUGGAAACUACCAUGAUAUUCAAUACAACAAUUUUUACUACCCACCCAACCCACAGUAUCAUGAAAACAGAUUUGAUAAUCAAGCUCAAAAUUUUCAAUUUAAUAAUAGUUUUUAUCCCUCAUCACAAUAUAAUUCAAUCGAUAAUAAUUAUCAAUACCCCCCUAAUGAUAGUAACGAUCCGAAGAAUUAUGACCAUAAUUCUAAUCAAAAAUUUUUAAAUCUAUAA